AUGUCUCAUCUCACGACCUUUUCCACGAUCCGUUUCCACCUCAAACAAGCACAGAGGCACGGUGCGCACCUAAACUUCAGCCUAGUCUGCGACGGCAGGUCCUUGACCGACUGCUGCUUGCUGGGGGCGAAGAUGCGCAUUCCACCUUGCUCCUCUCCACCCUGCCGUGAGUGUUUGGGUUCAGUCUCAGUCGAGGAUGCAUCACAUGUCGACAGAUGCUCUAUACCCUCUACGCACCUUCGCGGGUGCCCAUGUGGGACGAUGUGCUGUGGUCAUUGUGAGAGCUCCCCUUCUCACGCCCUAGAUAUCCGCUUUAGGACUGGUCAAAAUCCACGAUCGUGCAGCUGUAUCGAGAGGUUUUCCACUCGCUCCUCACGGGCGCACUACCCUUUCCUUGCAUCCAAGGGGGGUUGGCAGGAGCAAGUGUUUCGCGCGCCCUCUCUCACGCGCCUGGGUCCAACGGAUGCGGAGGGAGCGACCCACUGGGUGAUGUUUCGGAACGAGUGA